AGAUCGUUCACUGCCGUCGGAACGGAUUGUUCCGAACCGUCCGAACAAACUUGGACGGUACAUCACUAGCCUCCGUUUCUCUAUAAAAAUACGUCAACAAUCCGGUUAUUUACCUUCAAUUGUUUCAGGCUCGGCUAACAACUCGGUUGUGCUAAGCGUUGUACUAUUGUGCCUUUCUAGUGGGUUUUCCGCUUCGUCUCCAGUGCUGUGACAGUGAAAUCAAAGCAAAACUCAUCAACAAUGUCGCGCAAUCCGGCCGAAAACCAGCUUAACGCGUUCAAGGAUGCUCAAAAGGAAAAGACGACGGCUACCAUGAGCCAUGGUGCUCCGGUCGGUACGAAGACCGCCUCCCAAACGGCCGGUCCGCGUGGCCCGGUUCUGCUGCAGGACGUUCACCUAAUCGACGAGCUGGCCCACUUCGAUCGUGAGCGUAUUCCGGAGCGCGUGGUGCACGCUAAGGGUGCCGGUGCCUUCGGCUACUUUGAGGUCACGAACGACAUCACCAAGUACUGUGCGGCGAAGCUGUUCGAGAAGGUGGGCAAGAAAACGCCACUGGCCGUCCGUUUCUCUACCGUCGGUGGUGAGAGCGGUUCGGCCGAUACCGUGCGUGACCCGCGCGGUUUCGCCGUCAAGUUCUACACGGACGAUGGCGUGUGGGAUAUGGUGGGCAACAAUACGCCCAUCUUCUUCAUCCGCGAUCCGGUCCUGUUCCCGAGCUUCAUCCACACGCAGAAACGCAACCCGGCCACCCAUCUGAAGGACCCGGACAUGUUCUGGGACUUCAUUUCGCUUCGACCGGAGACGACGCACCAGACGAUGUUCCUGUUCUCCGACCGCGGUACACCGGACGGCUACCGUUUCAUGAACGGGUACGGUUCGCAUACUUACAAGCUGGUUAACGCUGACGGCAAGCCAGUGUACUGCAAGUUCCACUUCAAGACCGACCAGGGCAUCAAGAACUUGGACACGUCCCGUGCCGACGAGCUGUCCGGCAGCGAUCCGGACUACAGCAUUCGCGAUCUGUACAAUGCGAUUGCUAAGAAAGACUUCCCCAGCUGGACGCUGAAGAUCCAGGUGAUGACCUUCGAGCAGGCCGAAAAGGUCCCGUACAAUCCGUUCGACCUGACCAAGGUCUGGCCCCAGAACGAGUUCCCCCUGAUUCCGGUCGGUCGCAUGGUGCUCGAUCGCAACCCGAGCAACUACUUCGCCGAGGUGGAACAGGCCGCGUUUGCUCCUUCCCACCUGGUGCCCGGCAUCGAACCGUCCCCGGACAAGAUGUUGCAGGCGCGUCUCUUCUCGUACGCUGACACGCACCGUCAUCGCGUCGGUGCCAACUACCUGCUGCUGCCGGUCAACUGUCCCUACCGGGUGCCCGUCCGCAACUAUCAACGCGACGGACCGAUGAACUGCACCGACAAUCAGGGUGGCGCACCCAACUAUUUCCCGAACUCGUUCAGCGGCCCGCAGACGUGCCCAGUAGCGCACAAGCUGCAGAACACGCCGAUGAAGCUUUCGGGCGACGUGAACCGGUACGAAACCGGCGAUGAAGAUAAUUUCUCCCAGCCGGCUGUAUUCUAUCGCCGCGUGCUAGAUGAUGCUGGCCGCAAGCGAUUGGUUAACAACAUUGUGGGACACCUGAAGAAUGCUUCGCUGUUCCUGCAAGAGCGUGCGGUUAAGAAUUUCGCCAUGGUCGAUGCUGAUUUUGGCCGUCAACUUUCGGAGGGACUGAAGCUGCACCGUUCGGCAAGUUUGUAAAAAAAAGCACAAAUCACUCCUGAAUGAUGGACCGGUGGAAAAAAUCGGAAAGUGGGUCGGCUUCUCACGAAACUGUCGGAAAUCAUUUUGUUUCGAAUCUAUACCAACAACGGGAAAAGGAGGCCGUUUAAUGUUUUUCUGUACUUUCAAUAUUUUUAUUGUAUUCCGCACGCGUCUGCUGCAAAUCCAGUUUGUAAAUGUGCUCGAGUGCAAUAUUCCUGUGCGGGUGCCAGUCGCCCGUAUAUUUGUUAUUUUUGUAAACAAUUUUAUGGAAAGAAUAAAAUCUUAUGGUUCUAUAAGCAAAACACAA